AUGAAAGCACAGAUAAACAGCCAGGAAGAACUCGUUGAUACAGAUUUGAAACUUGGAAUGCUGGCUGCCGCUGUGCCAUACUUUGACGAAGAAGACAAGAUCCAAAAGAAAAUACUGGAGCGAUACGUCCCUUGCAAGUCCAUAACGGAGUGCUACAAGGAAAUUCCCACAGGCAUGGCGGUCGCAACUAACAAAAUGCGUGUCCACUAUUUGAACGGGUUGAAGGAUGUGGCGACUUCGGUGGUGGAGAAUGUGCGUCAGCUGCCACCCACUUUGACAUAUCAAGUGUCAAUGCAGUAUGUCAAAGGUCACGCAGCAGUGCCGGUCUUCAACAAAUUCGUGCAGUUCGUAAUGCAGUCAGGCUUUGCUGAACUAUUGACGAGAAAUGCUGAAACUACACAGGCAAAAAUUAAUAUGCGCAGAUUCAAUUUCGACAGGGACCCAAGUGUAUCGUUAAAUAAUGUCAAAGGGGGGUUUUACCUGUUGCUCAUUGGCUCAACUCUGGCCGGAUUAUUGUUCAUCUGUGAGAUGUUCCAACAAUCGAUACGGGAAAAAACUUCAAGAAACCUUUUGAAAAAGAAAAGUGACCCCGUCUCUGGAUUCAAGUACACAGCGGAGUGUAAAAAACUGAUCACUCAGUCAGUUCAAUUGAAAUCUUACAAUUAG